CGUGGGCCGAUGAGGUACAAUGAAUCCCCUAAGGCCCCCAUAAUCAACGCCCUGACCGGGUAUGCUCCAUCAGUCCAAUGAUCGGCAGCCGGGACAAAUUCGUCCUCUACAUACUCUGCAUCCGAUGAUCCACAUCUACAGAUCGGGAUACUAUUCUCAGGAUGAACCAAUUUGCCGUCAGCACUCCUUUGAGUGUCUCCGAGGCCGGCAAUAAAAGAUCUAGAAGAGCCGGUGCAAAAUGGACUCGCUCGGGUUGUUUGACCUGCAAGAAACGCCGCAAACGAUGUGACGAAGCAAAGCCCAGCUGCCGCAAUUGUGUGCGAUUGGGAUUCACCUGCGAAGGCUACGGUUCAAUGUGGGCGGAACCCCUCGACCCAUCGGCACAGGUUUUUCAGUCGACCAUGGCACCAAAGCGGCGCAGGCUCAGUGCAUCGUCGCUGUCGGUCUGCUCCCCAAUAUCCCAGGAGUCUCCAAGAUCUGCCCCGUCAGUCUCUCGUGCAUCAUCUUGCGUCUCUUCUGCGUUGAACUCGGGCUCCAGUGAGGCUCAUUCGCCGGUUACUAGAAUCGGUGGUUUCAACGAGACUGAAGACGCUACUUCCGAUCCUGUACAUGUCAAAGAUCUUUGCGUAGCCUCUCCAAAGCCCCGUGGUCACAUCAGUCAUCUGUCGACCCUUGAAACGCAUUACCUCCAAUAUCACAUGGAGCAAGGUUCAAAAUUACUGGCAAAUCUAGAAAGUGAUGAAAAUCCGCUGCGAUCACUGAUCAUUCCCCGGGCAUUUUCAUCCCCGCUCCUAAUGAAAGCACUAUGCGCCGUUUCUGCAGUCCAUCUUGCAAAUCGCUCUCAAAACAGCCUGGAUGCUCAGGCGGCCGCGGCCAAUUACUACAUCCGCACCAUGACCGGACUACGCUCUGCACUGACCCAACUCCCUCACAAGACAUUUCCGGAUGAGUCGAUUCUAGCGGUGGCUUUGCUCUGCAAGUACGAGAUAGUGCGUGGAAGCGUGAACCAGUGGGCAGUGCAUCUGGAUGCCUUGGAGAAGCUAGUUAUCUCCCGCGGCGGGUUUGCCUCUUUUGACAAGGAGACGGCAGAAUUUAUCUGGGGACUUUUCUUGUACGCGCACAGUGUCGCCAAAAUCACCAAUCGCCGGCAACUCACUCCCAUCCCUGGGGCGGAGAAUCUCAGUCUCACCAAGCUAGAUAGUUACAUUGGAUACACCGAAGAGAUAAUCAAGAUUUGUGCGCGUAUCGCGGACUUGCCUCUUCUUGGUCAUGAUCCGAUUGCGUUGGGAUUGGAGAUCCACACAAUUGAUAUGUCCCUCCGCGAUUGGACACAUACCGCAACGCACUACACAGUUCCUCGAGGAACAACGGAGGCUACCCUACUUCGUCUUCGCAUGGUGGCCGAAUGUUUCCGUGACGCUGCAUACAUUUAUCUUCAUUCCAGUUUGAAUCGAAUGAGUCAGGAUCUUGCUACUCAAUGUCUCCCCUCAUCGUGGCCAGAUUUGAUUACCAUUUCAAAGUACGAAGCUCUUGAGCGUUGCUUAGAGCGAAUUAAAUCCUUUCCACUUGAUCAACACUGCGAAUAUUCCGCUCUCACCUUUCCUCUUUUUAUCACUGGCUGCGAAAGUCAGGAGCCCGAGGCUAGAAAUCUCGUCAUCGAGUCACUUACGAAACUAGAAGUCAACUUUGGGAUUGGGAACGUCAAACGGGCCAAAGAGUUAUUAAAAAUCCUAUGGCACGGGGCGCAGAUGCACUGGUUGGAUGUGUUGGAACGGUUGAAAUGGGGGUUGAUACUAGCCUGAAGCAACAUCUCCGAGAGGAAGAGAUGGGCAAUCGGAAUGCUGCAAAGCAGUACACCCGGAUAUCAGGUUCAAUACUUUUGUUCCCACUGGUGUAUGUCUGUAUAUAUUACGUAUCACGAGUGGAUGAUGAUCAUCUUGUUGGCGUUAGGUUUCAUUCUUGGCAUGGAUAAAAAAAAAAAAACCAUAAAUAUAUAUAU